AUGUCAAACUUUCUCAACCAUGACUUCGGAUCGGACGAGGAGGACGAUGACUUCAACCCCGCCCCUGUAGAGGACUCUGACGUUGAGGAUGCCCAGGUCAGUGCGAAAAGACGGGCCAGCCCUGAGGAUGGUGCAGAUGAUGAUGCGAAGGACGAUGGCGAUGUGGUGGAAGAUGACGACGAGAAGGAGGUCGCAGACGAUGACGCAGGUGAGGGUGCUGAAGAUGGUGAUGAAAACGGAGACGACGAGGACGACGACGACGAUGAUGAUGAGGAGCAGGCUGUGGGCCGUCCGCGCAAGCGCAGAAAGGGCGGUGUUCAUUCCUUCUUCGAAGAGGAAGCCGGUGUCGACGAGGAAGAGGAUGAGGCAGAAGAUGAGGAGGAUGAGCUCGCCGAGUUUGGCACAGAGAUGCACCCCGACGAUCUCGAUGCCCUCCCUGCCGGAGCCGAAACAGAUGACCGUCGCCACCGACAACUGGAUCGCCAGCGUGAGCUUGAUGCUACAAUGGAUGCAGAGAAGCAGGCACAGAUGCUCAAGGAGCGCUACGGACGAAACCGUGCUGCUGCGACAGAUGCGCUCGUGAUUCCCAAGAGACUGCUUCUCCCUAGUGUGGAGGAUCCCAGCAUUUGGGGUUGCCGCUGCAAGCCUGGUAAAGAGCGAGAGGUUAUCUACUCUGUCCAGAAGCGUAUGGAAGAGCGACCGGCUGGUUCCCGUAACCCAAUCCGCAUCAUUUCAGCCUUUGAGCGUGGAAACAUCAUGCAGGGCUGGUUCUACUGUGAGGCGCGUAGACAAGCCGAUGUCACCGAGGCGCUGGAGGGCAUUGCAUUCUACUACCCUUCCCAGAAAAUGACAUUGGUCCCAGUGAAGGAAAUGCCUGAUUUGCUGCGUGUGCAGAAAUCGGAGGAGCUUCUGCCCGGCGGUUGGGUACGUAUCAAGCGAGGCAGAUACCAGGGUGACCUUGCCCAGAUUGAAGAAGUUGAGACCAACGGGUUGAAUGUCACCGUUCGCCUUGUUCCUCGCCUGGACUACGGCAUGAAUGAGGAUAACGCCGCUAUACUCGGCCCCGAUGCCAAGCGCAAGCGCGGUGCUUUGAAUACUGUCAAGCCCCCUCAGCGUCUGUUCAGUGAGUCAGAGGCUAAGAAGAAGCAUGCCAAGUAUCUGUCCGCUACAUCUGGAUUGGGUGGCAAGUCGUGGAGCUACCUCAACGAUACCUACAUCGAUGGUUUCCUUAUCAAGGAUAUGAGGGUCCAGCAUUUGAUAACCAAGAACGUCAAUCCGCGGUUGGAGGAGGUGACCAUGUUUGCACGCGGAGGAGAAGACGGAACCGCCAACUUGGAUUUGGCCUCCCUCGCCGAGACACUGAAGAACUCAACCGCCGAAGACUCUUAUCAACCCGGUGAUCCUGUUGAGGUGUACCGUGGUGAACAACAAGGCUUGAUCGGCCGAACGGUCUCGACUCGUGGUGAUAUCAUUUCACUCCAAGUCACCGAGGGAGAUCUGGCAGGCCAGACAAUCGAUGCACCUGUUCGCACCCUCCGCAAGCGUUUCCGUGAGGGUGAUCACGUCAAAGUCAUUGGAGGCAGUCGCUAUCAAAAUGAACUCGGCAUGGUCGUCCAAGUCAAGGAUGACACCGUUACCCUGCUUAGCGACAUGAGCAUGCAGGAAAUCACAGUAUUCAGCAAGGAUCUCCGCCUUUCUGCUGAGAUGGCUGCUGAUGGUCAGCUUGGCAUUUAUGAUGUUCACGACCUUGUCCAGCUUGAUGCUGCCACCGUCGCUUGCGUCAUCAAGGUUGACCGUGAAUCUCUUCGUGUUAUGGAUCAGAACGGCUCCGUUCGGAAUGUCCUACCUACUCAGAUCGCCAGCAAGAUUACGCCUCGGCGGGAUGCUGUCGCAACUGACCGCAAUGGUGCCGAGAUCAAGAACGGCGAUACCGUCCGUGAGGUUUAUGGAGAGCAGCGGAGUGGAGUCAUUACUCAUAUCCACCGUUCUUUCCUCUUCUUGCACAACAAAUCUCAGGCUGAGAAUGCUGGUAUCUCCGUGGUGCGAACAACAAACGUUGUUACGGUGUCUGCCCGGGGAGGCCGUCCCACUGGUCCCGAUCUGACCAAGAUGAACCCUGCUUUGGCUAUGCAGACGCCCGGUGGCGGUAAUGCUAACAUGCCACCACCUCGCCGUGGCGGUCGCGAUAGGCUGGUUGGCAAGACUGUGACUGUCCGCAAGGGCCGCUAUAAGGGUCUGGUUGGCAUUGUCAGAGAUGCAGACGACACCUCCGCUCAGGUUGAGCUCUAUACGUCUAACAAGCCAGUCCUAUUACCGCGAGAUAUCCUUGCUCCCAAAGAUCCGAUCUCCAAACAACCGCUAGAUGUGGGCCGUGGAAGAGGAGGCUCGCGUGGUCCGUACUCGGGUUCCGCCGCUUCCUCAGGAGGCGGUUGGCAGGGUGGUCGUACUCCUAUGGCUGCGGCUGAUUCCUCGAGGACCCCUGCCUGGGGCGGCGCCGCGUCUUCACGAACUCCUGCCUGGGGUGGUGCUCGUACUCCCGCAUGGAAGAACGAUGGAUCACGUACUUCGAACCCCUACGCCGAGGGCAACCGUACCGCCUAUGGUGGUUUGGGUAACCGCACACCAGCAUGGAACUCUGGCUCUCGCACCCCAUAUGAUUCCAGCUCCGGCGCCGAUCACUUCGCUUCUGGAUCCCGGACCCCGGCAUGGGGCAGUGCUGGUGCUGGUAACCGUACUCCAGCUUGGGGUGGUAUGUCCAACAGCCGAGACCAACGCGAUUUCGACGACGCCCCAACGCCAGGUGGAAACUACUCCGCUCCCACCCCGGGCGCCUACGGUGCUGCUCCUACACCCGGUGCUUCUGCACCGACUCCUGGAGCAUGGGCUGACAACGCCCCCACCCCUGGAGGGGCCUUCAAUGCGCCAACUCCUGGCGGAAUGGCCAAGCGUGGAGGUUACGAUGCUCCGACACCGGCUGCCUUUGAUGCGCCAACCCCGGCGAUGGGCGGACCUACUGCCGCUACCCCCGGUGCAGGAUAUGGUGACGACGAUGGCGGUCCUCGGUACGACGAGGGCACGCCGAGCCCGUAA